AGGAGGCAGGUGGAAACCAAAGGUUGUGGGACCAUUUUUUGGGACCAUGCUCUGCCUUUGAGCACAGGCAGCUCUUGCUGCCUGUGCUCCCAGCCUGGUCUUCCAAGCCAGGGUGGCUCAGUCGUGGUUAAUCCCACCACAGUAAGUGCUCCUCAGAGCAAGUGCCUUCAGGAUUUGGAAGCUUUGCAUUAUUCCCUGUUUGGCCUUUUUUUCAGCUGCCAGUUUUAGGGGACUUUAGCAGAGCAGAAUGGAAAUCUCUGGGAUCUCAUUUCUUAUCGCUGAUCCAAGCCAAGCUCCCUGAGAAAGGGCCUGGAGGGAUCCUGGUGUACUUUGGGCAUUUCUUAGAAGGUUUAGGUUAGAGAAGGAAAAGGGAAGCAGCAUGCUGCAUGUUGAGAAGCAGAGAUGACAGUGUUCAAUGAGGGAUGGAAUUCCCACUUUUCCUUGACUUCCAGUACUGCCAUGCUGCUGUUCCCUCUGCCUGUUGCACUGCACUUGUGUUGAGGGCAAUACUCAGCAACCCCAGGAUUUCUGACAAAUUUCCCACCGUGCCUGCUCUUCCAUCCUUUCUUAAGGAAUUGGUGUUAGGUCAUCAUCACACUCUGCUGCAUGCACCUCACUUUUUUGGGUGUAUUUUUUCCCAAAAUUCUCCUCCUCUGGAUGUAACUCAGAGGUGCCUUUCAGCUCCUGGGAGCUGAGAUCUGGCACACUGAAGGACCACAGGGUAAGGAACAAAAGCAAAUCCUGCUGUUACAGAAUUUUUCAUUCUGCCAUAUCUUUUGGUGUGUUCCCUCUGCUGUGACCAGACCUUGAAGCAGGGCUGGGCCCCUUCACCCCUGACUGUGCUGUGUGAGGUGCUCCAUGUCCUCAGUGCAGGGGCAGUGCAGGUGCACAGGUGCUGAACUGGCCGCCUUGUUCAAUCUGAACACUGAAUGCAGAGACUGUGGUGCCAAGACACUCCUGAAAUCUGCUCUUGCUGUGGGCAGAGCUUCCUGAUGCUCCCAGUCCCAGUGUUCCCAGUGCUUCCCUUCGUGAGCGAGCCCUUGGGAGUCCAGGGGGCUCAAAGGGAUUUCUGAGCCCACCAGGCUGGGCAGGUGGUGCCAGGUGAGCUGCCCUCUGUCAGGUACAGCUCCAGUGGCAGCCUUGCAUCCCGGCAGGAGCAAAUUUUAAAACUCAGCAGGAAAAUUAAGCCCCCUCCAGACAACCUCUUUCCACAAUGGAAGAAAAACACUAGGAGAUUCUGAGUUGGAGUCACUAUUUACUGAAGGAAUCGCAAUAAUCACAAUUAUAUUAAUAAAAGAUUGUACAAAAAGAGAAGGGUUCGCCCACAAAGAGGUAUUUACCACCAAAAGGUGUCGCUGGACCCCUGGGACGAAGGUGAGAGGUGGCCGUGGUGGCAUUGGCGUGGCCAGGUGGCAGCUGGGACCUGCGGGGAGACUCCCUCUGGAGUGAGCCCAGCAAAAGAAAGGAUCCGUCUCCACCUUCAGUUUUUGAAGGGGACAAAGCUUCCACUCCCUUCCACAAACAAGGAAAGAAAAAAAAAGUUCUGCUUGCCGUGUCGGAGCAUUCCCUGCUGGAAACCAUCCUCCUCCAGCGGUCCCAUCCUGGGGGAGCGGGACCCUCGGGCCGGGCUGACCCUGACCACAGCAUCCCCCAUCCCCCCACACCUUCCUGAUCCCCCCACCCCGAGCCGCCGCACGGGCCUUUCCCUGGCCACACGAUGGCACAAGAUGCCAGAAAUUCCCGUUUCAAAAUCCCACGAGUCGCGUCCCCAGGCGGGCUCGGGGCUCCCGGCGGUGCCGGUGCUUUUCAUGACGCUGCUCUCUCUCCGUCCCUCUGGAGAAGGGCAGGAAUUGCUGUUCAGAGCCUCUGUGGGUGUGAAUGUUUUUUAGGAGCUGUGGGAUGUGGGAUGCGGGAUGCGCAGCUGGUGGAACUCAGAGAGAAGCUGGGAGGGCAUUGCUGUAUCCCGGGAUCCUCCAUUCCCACCUGCACACCCCAGGGCUCCCAGUUUGGUCCCCUCUGCCGCUGGGGCCGUCUGUCCCUCACCUCGUGCAGCCUGAGUGUGUUUCCCCCACACCCAGCCCCUCGGCUGGCUCCAGCUCCCCCCAUCCCUGUUUGCUGACUUGUCCCACAGGGACCCCAAUUCCUCCCUUGGGCCCCCUCCCUUUCCUCUUGGCUCUGCAUUUCAGCCCCUCCUUCAGCUUUUGGGGCUUCCCGGAGCCCUCAGCCCUGCAGUGAAACCAAGCCCUCCCCAUUCACCUGCUGGCCACAUUUUCCCUCCAGUAUUUCCCAGAGCUGAUUUCCCCCCAAUGCGCUCCAGAGCCCUCUGCUCACUCCCAGCUCUCAGGAUUGUGCAGGUGCAGCUUUCAGUGCAUCCCCCUUGGUCCCCUCUGGUGCCACCAAGAGCCUCUGGACCCUCACAGGACUCGAAUAAAAGAGGAGGAAGCUGCUUCCAGCCCAGCUGAAGUAUUCCUAUUUUUAGCUUCCCUCCUCAUUUGGGGCUUGGAGCAACCUGGUCCAGUAGAAGGGUUCCUUUCCCAUGGCUGGGGGGUGGAACGAGGUGGGUUUUAAGGUCCCUCCCAACCCAAAUUCCCACCUGGAAUGCCAUUCUUUUGAGAUGGAUGAAACAAAGUGAGGUUCCCAGCUCCUGAUUCCAGGAGCAUCCCUCCAGUAAACUUAAAUUCCCUCUGCACAAAGCCUGUGGGGCAUAGAUGAUCCCAGCACACCUCAAGGGGUGGAGGGAAAAGCUACUCACAGGUGUUUGAGAGCCAGACUGAACCCCUGCUCCCCUCAGAACCGGGCUAGGGGAGCAUUCCAACUCCGCUCCAGGCUCUGGGAGAGGAUUGAGCUGUGGAAAAGGGAUAGGGAUGGAUCUUCCGGCCUCGAGGCAUGGAAAUUACUUGGGAUGUCCCUUGUAAUUUUUACUCCUGUGCUACCCCCUGCCCUGUGCCGGCACAGCCCCCGGGAGCCGCCGGUCGAUCCCAGCGCGGUGCCGAAGCCAUCAGCAGCUCCUUCCCCUGCCGGGGAGCGGGGACAGGAGCGGGAGCUGCCGCUGCUGCCACUCCCGGGAAGAGUCUGGGAGGGGAAUCUGGGAGGGAGAGGAGGCAUCGGCAGGAAAACAGGCUGCGAAUACCCGCGGCACCGGGAAUCCAUCGCAGGGCUGCGAACCCACGGUACAGCCUCACCUUUGCUCUCAGCACAGCGCGGAAAUGCACGGGGGAUAUUUUAAAUCAGGGAGACCUGGGACUGUUUUCCCUUGGCAGAUGCUGCUGUGCCGUCCCGCGGAGCUGCUGGGCACCACCUGGGUGCUCCUCGCAGGGCUGCUGGUGCUGUUGGCUCUGGGAGCAGAGGGACCUGUCCAUAGAGCCACUGCUGUGGGAUCCUCGGUGCUGCUCCCUGGGCUGGAUAAUGUCACCCGCAGCAAUUCCAUGCACUGGGAAUUCCUCAGUGGCACCGGCCCCCACACCAUCCUGCUGCACGAUGGGGGGCCCCACGCCCCCUCCAUCAAUGCUCCCUAUGCAGGACGAGCCAUUUUCCACCCAUCCAAUGGAUCUCUCCUGCUGGAGGAUGUCCAGGAAAGUGACAGUGGCACCUACAGAGUGACUGUCAACACAGGAGACAGGAAGAGCCUGGAAAUUCAGCUGGAAGUCCUCCGGCCUGUGUCCCGCCCUCAGCUCCGGACCAGCCCUCUCCUGGCUCGGGCCACCGGCCAGGUUGUCUGUGAGGUGGCAGAGGGUAGAGUGGACACCAUCACCUGGAAGAAGGAUGGGCAGCCCGUUCCCCCAGACAGAGUUUCCCAGCUGUCCAGCAGCCGCAGCGUUCUGUACCUGAAGCCAGCCAAGAAGUCGGACUGCGGCUCCUAUUCCUGCAAUGCCAGCAACGGGAUCAGCUGGCAAGAAACCUCCCUGCAGGUCACCAUUGAAGGUCUUACCUCCCACUGCUCCUCCUGCCCUCCACCCUUCCCUGGGCAUGCCUCAUCCCUCAGCCCCCAUCCCCCAGGCUCUGGCCGCCCUCCCCUGGAGGCGGUGCCCCCACGCUGCUGCCAGGAGCUGCUCAUCACGGGGUGAUCAGCAGCAAUUCCCGUCCUCUGAUCCCACCAAGGCACAGUCCUUGGCAUGAGAUCGGCCGCUCCCACUUGGGGCAGGUCCAAAAUGAUGGCCUUUGGCCAAGGUGAUGCUGAGCAGGACAUCCACCCAGCAGGGUGGCCGGGAAGCCUGUGGGGAGCACCCACUCCAGGCUGGACAUUUCACGGAGUGUAUUUGGCCACCAGCUGGCAAAUAAAUGGAAUCUGUGCUGGUGAUGGAGGAUCCCUGCGGCCACCAGGGCCAGGCAGGCUGGUCCUGCUGAUGUCCCGUCUCCUGCCUCUCGGGGCCGCUCUUUUCCAGGUCUCUCCCGCCGCUUGAAGCACACCCUGAGGAUUUCGAUGGUCGCUGUGGUCUUCGCUGUUGUCUCGGCGUGGGGAUUAAUUAUUCCCGUCUGCCAGUCCGAAAAGCUCAGGAUAAGUGUGUUGUGGGGAGCGGGACCCCAUUUCCCUUGUCUGGUGGGGGAGAGCAAAGUGCAUUGCUCAGGGAACCCCCAGAUCCUGGGAUAUCCUACAACAUCCGGGUGGGGACGGGCUGUACCCCACCCUGAGGAAGGGGGUGAUGGCUGACACAGGAUUCCCGGCGGUCACAGCCGUCACCCCCUCUGCUCUGGGUUUUUAGGGGGGGAGCUCUGGAGGUGGCUCAGCUCCUACACCUGCGGGCUGGUGUGCAUCGCCUGCAUCCUGGAUGGCACCACCGGCAUCCUCUGGAUGCGGGAGGAAGGCCCUUCUGUGGCUGUCUUAUUGCUGGAGAUCACCCUGAGCUUCCUCACCGUGGUGACCUUCCUGGUUGCCACCACAGUGAUUUUCCAGCCUACAGAUUUCAGCUAUCUGAAGAGCAAAAAAGCACAGCGCACCAUGGGCUAUGCCGCGCCAGGGGCCGUGGUGACUGUGGUGCUGAGCAGCACCUUCUUCAUCAAGAACAUCUACCACCGCCACGCAGAAGGAUGCACGGAGCUCAUGGACGUGGCCAUCUUGGUGCUCAGCACGGCGGCCGUGUCAGCCCUCCCGCUCCUUGCCAUCGGCCUCUGCUAUCACACAACUCAGGGCUGGCGCAAGGACCGAGAUGCCUCUUGGAUAGACAAAGUCAGGUCCUUUGAAAUGUCUCAGCCUGGCAAUAAGGACACCAUUCCCAGCUGAGAUCCAUGGGGGUGUCUCUCACUUGGCUAAGCCAGCCCAAGCCUUCC